AUUCACCCUCAGAGGAAAUCACUGACAAUGGACGAUGAAGAAAAACAUAAUCUUCGCUCCGUGCGGACCAGCUUCUUAAACCACAUUCUUAAACGCCCGCACUCUAAACCCCAAUCCAUUCGCUACGAAGAUACACAACCCGCAGAACCCCUUGAACCCUUCAGUGUUUUACCAAACAAGCGCUUUAUGUUCAGAAAGUCAAGGACAGACGAAAGCAUGGAGUCCGGUGACCAUCAUAUCCACAAAACCCCACUACUCAUUCGCUUCUACGACCCAGAGGUCAACGCCCAGGAUACAGCCGGUCGCACUUUAGAUGACAUUCUAUCGUGGAGCAAUGCUAGACUCGAACACAGUCACAACUACAUUCAGAUGUUGUUCCCGCUCCCCGAAGGCUCGCCGUUCAAUUACGACGCCCCGGUUAUUACUCGUGAAGUGAUGGAGGCGUUUCAUGCAAGGCCCAAGCUGCAGAGUAGAUUGAGGGAGGCUUUUGUUAGGAUGCUGGACUUCUAUGGCUUUGAUGUUCUAACACGUGAGGUGGGUCCCGUACCAGAACCCGAGGCCAAGCAGAAGGAGCAAGAUGAGUACAUGGAGCAGCAGGGGGGUGCGGCGCAGAACGGUAUCGUCGAGCAUGAGCAGAGCGCCGAUAUGGAGAACCACGUAGCACAGGAGGAUCAGAAUAAAACGGAUGCGUCUAAGACCCACGAAGAGAUCGAGUAUGUAGUACAGCAAGAACACACAUCGCCUACCUCACAGGAGAAUCCAACAAGAGCUCCCCAGAAUGAAGCAACAUCUAAUCAGACUCCCAACAAACCUACUAGCACUACGGGUGACUUAGGCCAACCCCAGCCCGGGGCGGAUGCGGACGCGAACGCGGAUCCAACUGACACCUCUAACCCCGCCAGCGCCGCCAAUCAUGAGCAUGAACAACCUGCAGUCGAUACUACUCCGCUUGCAGAGUUCCCAAGCCCACCCGAACAAAAGCCUGCUGAGGAGCGUCCUGUAUUCAUCAUCGUCCGCGCCGCAAAUUAUCGUGACCGCUUUCGCAACUGGGCCAUACGAUUCGACCACAAUCACCUCCGCAUCACUCGCAUCCUACGUUCUCUCCGGGUCCUUGGUUUGAAUGAGGAAUGCUGGGCCUUCUACUGCAUCUUGAAACACGUCUUCGAUGAUCCGAGUAUCUUCAUCAAUGAGCGAUCGAUGGUGUAUUGGAGGAGAGCUGUUAAACAAUCGCUAUACUUGACUCCGGAUAAGGAGGAGGUCUUGUGGUUGAAGCGCUGGUGUGGGGAGGUAAGGAAAAUUAGGGAAGAGGAGAAGGUAAGGGUAAAGGAGGAAGAGCUAGCAGAAGAGGCAGCGAGGGGCCAGGGGGAUGGGCAGGAUGAACCACAGGAUGAACCACACUGCCAAGUGCAGGGCCAGCCGGUGGUGCACGGAGUGGGACAGGGAGAACCGACUGUAGGAUGGGGUGAAAAUGAGGUACCGAAAUAAAGUGGUCCAGGCAGAUUUGCUAAUUUGGAAUGCAGAUGGGAAAAAUAAGCUGGCGAGAGCAAAGUAUCGGGUGAAAUGGCUAUGGAGGACACUGAAUACCUUCUAGGUUUUAGUUAUUGAGGCUAAGCAAAGUCUCCCAUCGGGACUUAUGAGUUCUAGCAAUUGCCGAAGUUGAAAGCUCGUUCUUCAGCUUGGAACCUUUCUGAUGUAGGUUUGCGGGAAAGCAAUCCGCCGUUUUGUGAAGCUCUUGGGUAGUUAUAAGUUCACAAGCAGAUUUGAUA